CUUACCAGUCUUCCAACACAUCAAAGACCCCAGCCAGAUCUAGAGGUGUCGAUACCAAAGAUACCUUUUAAUUACAUCAGUAUAGGAGACUCAACUCAUCAGUUGCAAUGGAGACUCGGGAGAGAAGGACAAAUAAAACGAGUGGAUCAAACUCAGAGAAACAUGAGGAGACGAUGGGGAACGGGGAUGUUACAGAACCAGACAAUAAACAGGGCAAGGUUGCUAUGAAGAGGCAGGUGAGUCUCCUAAGUGGUAUUGCCCUCAUCGUUGGGACUAUGAUAGGUUCGGGUAUUUUCGUUUCGCCAAAAGGAGUUCUGAGACAAACUGAGAGUGUUGGCAUGAGCCUUGUCAUCUGGUUCCUAUGUGGUGUUCUCUCUACUAUAGGUGCCCUGUGCUAUGCUGAGCUAGGAACCCUGAUACCCAAGUCUGGCGGUGAAUACUCGUACAUAUUGGACACCUUUGGUUCUCCACUCGCCUUCUUGUUUGCUUGGGUAUCUACUCUUCUCGUCAGACCAUCUUCAGUUGCGAUCAUCAGUCUAAGUUUCGCAGAGUAUGUAGCAGCACCUUUCUUUGGAGGGGAGUGUGGCCCACCGGAUAAUAUCAUCAAGAUGUUUGCUGCAGUGUGUGUCAUUUUGAUUGUGGUCAUCAAUUGUGCCAGCGUCAAAUUGGCAACAGGUGUUCAAAACGUCUUCACGGUAGCCAAGCUUCUAGCUUUAGUUAUCAUCAUCAUUGUUGGGUUUAUUCAACUGGCACAAGGUAACACACAAUAUUUGGAUCCUAAGACAUCAUUCCAAGGUUCUACUGCUAAUGUAGCCGCAUAUGGGAUCGCUUUCUAUCAAGGACUGUGGGCAUAUGAUGGAUGGAAUCAGCUUAAUUACGUCACAGAAGAACUAAUUAAUCCCUAUAGAAAUCUUCCUCUUGCCAUUAUCAUUGGGAUUCCUAUGGUUACCGUACUGUAUCUAUUGGUUAAUAUCUCCUACUUUACCGUCAUGUCACCAGAAGAACUUCUACAAUCCAGUGCAGUCGCAGUGACGUUUGGUGACCGAACAUUGGGUGUCAUGGCAUGGAUAAUGCCUUUCUUUGUAGCAUGCUCUACCUUUGGCGCUGCUAAUGGAACAUUAUUUACGGGUGGAAGACUGGCGUACGUAGCAGCACGAGAAGGCCACAUGGUUGAAGUAUUGUCUAUGGUACAUGUGAAGAGAUUUACUCCUUUCCCUGCUAUGAUAUUCACGGCGAUUCUUUCCAUUGCAAUGCUUCUUCCCAGUGACUUUGAUACCCUGGUCAACUACUUCAGCUUUGCAGCCUGGAUGUUCUAUGGAAUCACGGUAUCGGCCCUGCUUUAUCUGAGAUACAAAUGGCCUGAUGCUCACAGACCUAUUAAGGUUCCCAUCGUGCUACCUAUCAUUGUGUUGAUAGCGGCUGUAUACCUCGUGAUUGCUCCUAUCAUUGAAGAACCAGCUCUGGAGUUUCUCUAUGCCUUCCUCUUCAUUCUAUCUGGUCUCAUCUUCUAUCUACCUUUCGUUUUCUACAAGAAGGAAUUGGGCUGCAUGAAAUACUUAACAGUAUUCCUCCAGCUGUUAUUUCAAGUAGCGCCCUCUAAGUACGUGGCUCCUGAAGAGGUUGAAGAAGAAGAAGAGGAAGCUAUCGUUGUGGAAUCAUGAGUGCUUUCUCACUAACAUCACCAACUUUACUCAUUUAUGAUGUAAUCAUUGUUGCACUGAGAUUGCACUUUUGUGAACUCUAAUUUGUUUGUACUGAAUUAUUGAAGGCUGACAAUGUCUUGAGGGAAAAAAAUGAGUAUCAUGCAAGGUUCCGAGGUUAUGAAUGUCAACCUUUGUUUCCUUUACAAUUUAACAUUUUAUGUAACGAAAUAGAAAUACAAAUAAUUUUCUCUGUAAAAUAGUUUUUGUAUUGCUGCUUUUGUGAUUGCUCUUCUUCAUUUCAUUACGAAAUUGGUUUUGUUUAUUGUGAUAAUGCUGUAAUCUAAUGUAUAUGUAACUCAGGAAUAUAAACACGUACGCCCUUUCAUAAAUCAGUAGACUAAAUAAGCUAAGCUAGAUUUUAUUUUGGCCGCUUUCGAGAAUAAGGAGUAUUAUUGGCCUUGGUGUUCAAUCCUUACAUGUAUACACCAAAAAUCAUCUCUUCCAUUUUUUUUUAUUCAUUUUCAAUUCUCUUGUAUAUAAUGUAAAAGUGUUCUUUGUAGAUUAUAUUCUUUAUUUGUUGUAUAUCAGUUGUCUUUUCCUUACACUGCUUCCGGGGACCAUGCCUUCUUCAGUCAUACUUCAGCUUUGUUCGCCUACUUCCUGUAAAAAAAGAAAAAGAAAAUAAGACAGAUAAUUAUAGGACUUACAUUAUGCAACGUUAUCAUCACCUUUAUAAUGAUCAGACUUAAGUUUGCAAGUUUGCAAGUUUGCAAGUUUUUCAUUUGGGGGGGGGGGGCCUUCUGCCGUAAGAUUCAUGUAAUAGAGAUUAACUCAGGAAUGAAUUCAUCUCGUUAUGCUGUAGAGUUACACAUUUGAUUAAUAAAGAAAAUCUGCAGAGAAAAUUUAAAAUGCAAAUGGUCAUUUCCUGUGUCCACAUCUGUUCAUACUUCAAUUCUAAGAACGUUGGCCAACCAUGCCUUAUGAAUGUUCAUUAGAAAAUAUAAUUCAUUAUUAAGAGAACAAAAUGACGGCAAUAAUAAUAUGUAAAACUAAACAAGACAAAGCAAAACAGAAAGAAAUAUAUGUGCGUGAUAGAAGUAUGUAUUUUAAGAGGGUGGUAAUUAUUAUUCGAAUAAUAUCUACUUACACAGGAUAGCAUCACUGCAACAACUGUUUUAUUCUUCUUUUCCAACGAAUUUCAUGAUUCCCUGACGGUUCUCCCACGGCUAUGACUCCUCCAAACUCGGGUACAUUGUUUUCGAUUGGUUAUACAGUUGCCAAGAUGAUGGAACAGUUGUUAUCAUCAAAGAGCCCACCUAUUCGUCUAGGGGUUUAACAGUGGGUAAAAUAUGAACAUAAUCCGGACACACGUUUGAUUCAAUCCAUCUGGAGAAAAGAUUUAAAUAUGUAUAUCCUUGUACAUGUAGUAUAAUUGAUGUACAUUUUUCAUUACUCAAGACCUUCUUUUUUGCCGAUGUUUCUGCAUUUAUUAAAAAAUGAGAUACGAAAUAUUCAAAUAACAAUGAUAGUAUAUAAUAUGUUGUUAAAUCACGCCUUUAUUUUAUAUAAAAGGAAUACAUGUGUACAUUUAAGACCAGGUCCAUUGCUCUUUUCGAAACCAUGGCAGGUCAAACUACAUUUAAAGGUACUUAGUAACAUUGUGAUGGUUGAUUUAACAAAUCUGUUGAAUCAGGAUGCAAAACACGUAAAAUUAUGUUUGUAUGUAUGGAUUAUCCAACUACGAUGCCCCGAAUCCGAAAUUAA